CCACCUGUGACCACCUGUGACCACCUGUGACCACCUGUGACCACCUGUGACCACCUGUGACCACCUGUGAUGGCAUGUGUAAGAUGAGCAAUGGAGGGCAGCAUGACAGAAGGAUUGGGAAGUAGCAGCUACCAGGAGGAGUGUUGGUCUCUAAAUCCUGCAGAAAAUGAAGCCUCUCUCAGGGAGCUGUCCCUGCCAGUCGGUGCUGGACUGUUUUCAGAGACGCGUCUCCUGCUCCUCUCCUGGUUCUCUCCUGGUCCUCACACACAGACCGCAGUGAUGGAGGAAGAGUUAAAAUGCCCAGUCUGCGGGUCCCUCUUUAAGGAGCCGAUCCUGCUGCCCUGCUCACAUAAUGUCUGCCUGGCCUGCGCCCGGAACAUCACCGUCCAGACCCCGGAGGGAGAGACCCCGGUGCAGAGCCGAGCCUCGGGGAGCUCCGACUAUGACUACCUGGACAUGGACAAGAUGAGUCUGUACAGCGAGACGGACAGCGGGUACGGAUCCUACACCCCGUGCCAGAUCAAGUCCCCAAACGGGGUGCGAGUGUUUCCCCCGUCCCUCGCGCACCGACACUGCUCCCUCACCUGCCCGCUGUGCCACCGGAGCGUCUCCCUGGAUGAACGGGGGCUCCGGGGUUUCCCUCGGAACCGGCUUCUAGAAGCCAUAGUGGCGCGGUACCAGCAGAACCGUGCUGCUGCCGCUGCCGCUUCCGCUGCCGCCUCCGCAGCUGUGAAGUGUCAGCUGUGCGACCGCAACCCGGUGGACGCGACGGUGAUGUGCGAGCAGUGCGACGUGAACUACUGCAGCGCGUGUCAGCAGCGGUGCCACCCGGCCCGAGGUCCGCUCGCCAAGCACCGCCUGGUUCCACCGAGGAAGCAAGCGGCAGCAGGAGCGGCAGCCAGCGGCGGAGGGAGCGGUGGAGGCGGCGGUGGAGGCAGCGGCAGCGACGCACAGAUGCCGCCUGCUACCGCGCGGAAACCUGCGACCUGCGUGGAUCAUGAAGCGGAAAACUUCAGCAUGUACUGCUACAGCUGCAAGCUGCCCGUGUGUAUGAAGUGUCUACAGGAGGGGAAACACGCCAAACACGACGUGAGGACACUGGCCAUGAUGUGGAAACAACACAAGUGCCAGCUGUCCCAGGCCCUGAACGGUGUUUCUGACAAAGCUAAAGAUGCCAAGGAGUUCCUGGUUCAGCUCAAGAACAUGCUGCAGCAGAUACAGGAGAGCGGUGUGGAGUUUGAAGCUUGCCUCGUGGCCCAGUGUGACUCUCUGAUCGAGGCGCUCACCAGACAGAAAGCCAAACUGCUCACCAAAGUCACCAAGGAGAAGGAGUACAAGCAAAAGGUGGUACGUGACCAGAUCACUCACUGCACCAUGAAGCUACGCCAGACUACCGGCAUGAUGGAGUUCUGUCUGGAGGUCCUCAAAGAGAACGAUCCCAGUGGAUUCCUGCAGAUAUCAGAUGCUCUGAUAAAGCGGGUGACGUCAUCUCAGGACCAUUGGGUGAAAGGAGCCCUGGAGCCAAAAGUGGGCCCUGAGUUUGACCUCACCCUCACCACCGACUCGCUGCUGCAGACCAUCCUGCAGCUGGACUUCUGCCAGGGCAAAGCAGUGGAGUCCGGACUGUCGGUGCCGGCAGCUCCUCUCCUGCAGCUGGAGAAGUGCUGCACGAGGAACAACAGCGCCACGCUGGCCUGGAGGGUAACUGCACCACCUACCAGCCCCAUCGAGGGCUACAUCCUGGAGCUGGAUGACGGGAACGGUGGACAGUACAGGGAGGUAUACGUGGGGAAGGAGACAGUGUGCACGGUGGAUGGCCUCCAUUUUAACAGCUCCUACAAUGCCAGAGUGAAAGCUUACAACGUCGUCGGCGUGGGGCCGUACAGCAAGACGGUGGUGCUCAAGACCUCAGAUGUGGCAUGGUUCACCUUUGACCCCACCACAGCUCACCGGGACAUCGUUCUGACCAAUGAAAACCACACUGUCUCCUGUAACAGCUACGAUGACCGCGUGGUUCUGGGAACUGCUGCUUUUUCCAAAGGCACUCACUACUGGGAGGUCUGCAUCGAUCGCUACGAUAACCAUCCGGACCCUGCGUUCGGCGUGGCGAGGAUCAACACCAUGAAAGACAUGAUGCUCGGGAAAGACGACAAAGCGUGGGCCAUGUAUGUGGACAACAACCGCUCCUGGUUCAUGCACAACAACUCCCACACUAACAGGGCGGAGGGAGGCAUCGCUAAGGGCGCGACCGUGGGCAUCCUGCUGGAUCUGACCAAACACACUCUGACCUUCUUCGUCAACAAGCAGCAGCACGGACCCACCGCCUUCGAGAGCCUGGAAGGGGUCUUUGUACCCGCUGUCAGCCUCAACAGAAAUGUACAGGUCACCUUACUGACAGGCCUGGAGGUGCCAAAGAAUAUCAAACAGUAGAAGAUCCGUCCCCCACUCCUGCGUCGCCCCCCUCCUGCGUGUCCUGGAUAUAAACCAACAAUGUUACACACAGCUGGCUCCCACAUGGACCUUUUUCCAGUCACAUCAGACCUCCUCUCCCAUCUUCUCAAGGUGCCCUCUGUUAUGGAUAAACUUCAGUGUGAAGCCCUGGAGUUAGAGAAUAAAUUUGGGUAAAUAUUUGCUACUAGUGCAAAAUGAAGCGAGUGGAAAUCAACACAGAGAUGACUGGAGUUACUUUGGGUAGCCACACUUUUUUCAUAUCGCAGUUUGAGCCCAAGGAGCAACCUUAGGGGUUGUGAAAUGAAGUGUACGUGCAGUUCCUCUGGUGUCCAGUAGGGGCCUGCUCAAAAAGCUAAGGACACCUCAUUAGAGCCUAUUUUAAAAUGCC